AUGCCCCUCUCCGUAGGCAUCACCUCUCUCGCCCCUCUCAACACCGACAUCCAAGCUGCCAUCUUCGACCAUCUCUCCGCUACAACCCACAAGCCUACCAUUCGCACUCUCCUCCUCCUCUCUCGCAAGCACUACUCAAAGUUUCGUUGUAAGCUCUACCGAGAUGUAACUCUCAACUCGACCAAUGUUGAGCGGUUCUUAGGACCGCUCCUAGUCGGGGGCGACCAGUCCGGGGCAUCAGAGCUUCAGACCUCUGAAGCCAAGGUUGCGUACAGUAUCAUCAAGUAUGUCGGUCGGGAGCAAUUCGGCCAUGGUGGUCUUUGGGGCCAACCUUUGGACGAAGUGUGUAUCCACGAUAUCAACGACAUCAACCAACUCCGAAUCCCUUGCGCCUACAACCGCAUCCAUCUCUACUGUCAGCCAGGACCUGAUUCGGUGAUCCUGGACAGGGAGGUGGCAAAGUUUGUAAAAUAUUAUACGGGAGAAGUGCUACUUGACCGGAGGAUAGACCAUUAUGAGCCUUUCAGGCCCCGGAUCGCCUACAUCUACAGCCCUUCCCUGUCCGAGAUCUCGCCUUGGUCCUACAAUCGCCCUGUCGCAAGGCUUGAUACGGAGAAAAGGGUGCUGGAAGACGUGCGUGUCAAAUCUGAGGACGACCUUGAGAACGAGGACGAGCCUACCGUGGUGCACAUCAUUGGACAAGAUGAUUUGAUGUGGGACUUGCCUUGUGAGGUCUGCGGGCGGCCCAAAUUCUGA